AUGUGUGUCGAAGACGUUGAGAUGCUUGUGAAUAACCGACUUCGAGGCUUAAAGAUUGGAGGAAAUUUCGAAGAUGCACUACGCAUGGAGGUAGACCAAGCAAACUCCUCACCUUUCACCACUGAAAUCAAGCAAGCUACUCCCCCGAAACGAUUCUCAACGCCCUUUUUCACAUGCUUCAAUGGGGAUUCCGAUCCCGAAAGCCAUCUGAAGUAUUUCAAGAGCCUUAUGAUCCUAUACAAAACUGAAGACGCGCUAAUGUGCAAGGUCUUUGCAAUGAAUUUGCGAGGAGCAGCUCAAGACUGGUUUCACACCCUGCCAUCCGGGUCGAUUAGCAGCUUCAAGGAGCUUGCUUAUGUCUUCACUAAAGAGUAUACUUCUUAUCGGACGAUCAAGAAGAACCCUGACCAUCUGUUCAACGUGCACAAGAAGUCCGAUGAAUCCCUCCAAGACUACAUCAAGAGGUUCAAAGCGGAGAGGGCAAACAUUGUAGGAUGUGAUGACCAAAUUGCGUCCUCUGCCUUCAAGAGGGGGUUGCCAAUUGAAUGUGAGUUGUAUCGCGAGCUGACCAUCUCUCCCUGCCAAAUAUUGAUAGAAGUCUUUGCUACAGCAGAGCACUACGCACUAUGGGACGACGACCAGAUUGCCGCGAAGAAGGCUAAUCAAGCAGCUAAGCUGGCAAGCGAAGAGAACUGCAAGCGCAGAUCACAGCCUUAG